CUGGUCUCGGGGACCAGGCUGUCUUCAGGCAGCAGGGGGGCAGCGCGUCUGCCCCUGUUCAACCUUGUAAGGAUGAUCCCUCAAAAAAAAAAAAAAGCCCAGCCUGCAGACACGCCCCUGCCUUCCGACGUGACGGAGCAGCUGGAUGACGCCGCGCAGCAGGUGCAGACGGCCUACAUGGACUACGUGCUCCUAGACGCCCGCACCCUGCGGUCCGCUAAGCGUGGGCCGGCGGACCCCGGCGGGGCCAUCGGGCCCAGCCGCCGGCAACGCCAGCACCGCAGCCGCAGUACCUCCAGCCUCAUGAGCCUGGGCAGCGCUCCAUUGCGCCCCGGCGGCGCCAGCUCAGGCGCCGCUAGCAUGAGCACCAGCAGCGGCGGCGCGCCCCCCAGCCAGGUGAAUGUCAACGGCCUGGGCUCGCCGCUCAAGGCGCGGGCGCUGGUCUCGCACCUGCAGCAAGUUGGGGCGGAUGUGGCGAUGGUGCAGGAGACCCACGCUACUGACACGACGGCGCUGGAGUCUUGCCUUCGUGCCGCGCAGGGGGCGUGCCUUCCGUGGCGCCACUGCCUCGCUGCCAGCCCGGCAGCGUCGCCCCACUCCUGUGGGGCGGCUAUCCUGGCGCGGAGUCGGCUGUCCCUUCCCGGCUGCGUACUGCAGCCGCCGUCAACGGAUGCGGCGGGCCGUGUGGUAUGUUGGGAUUGGGACGUGGGUCACUUGCGCCUGCGCUUCAUGUGUGUGUAUGCGCCCACGGCCGUGGCGGACAAGCCUGCUUUCUUUGCCGGGCUGCAUCCCCACCUGGCCACGGACAGGGUGCUUGUUGUCGGUGGGGACUGGAACUGUGUCACCGAUGCCAGUCAGGAGGCGGCCCCUAGCCCGUCACGUGCUGCAGGUGCCCCGCAACUUGCCAGCCUCCUCGCCCAGUUCAGUCUGGUGGACCCUUGGGCGAGCAAGCGUGGCGGCGCCAAGGGCUACACGCAUCCGGCCACACCCAAGCCGGCCACUCCCGCACGCCUGGAUCGGUGGUAUGUCAGUGCCACCGCGGCGCCGUGGGUGGUGGAUGUCGCUCGCACGUAUGGGGCACCUGGGGACCACAACGGUGUGCUGCUCACCCUGGCCUUGCCCGACCUGCCACAUGCGCACCGGGAGCAGUGGCGCUUCCCCACGUACCUGCUGUUUCACCCCUCGCUGCGUUUGGAGCUCGAGCAGCGCUUGGAGGCGCACGUUGCCGCAAAUCCCGUGGCCGGUACAGGUGACGGCGCUUGCACGCAAUGGGAGGCGGACAAGUUCUUCUUGCGGGAGGCCGCCACCAGCAUCCACCGUCGGCAUGCACGCCAGACCCGGGAUGGGCUGCAUGGCGUGGUGCUGGCCGCAGACGCGGCCGCUGCCCUGGCCGACCGGCCGGGUGCCAGCACCGCGCAGCGUCAGGCUGCGGCCAUGGCCAACUUGGCGGUGCGGGAGGAGCGGGCAGCUGCCGCAGCGGCCAGCCACAAUGCCCGCGCUGCACUGAUGGAGGAGCAUGGGGAGCGGGGCACUCGCUGGUUCCAUCGGCAGGCUGACGAGCCAGCAGCCGGCGCGCAGGAGCCCAUCACGCACCUGAAGGUGCCGGGGCAACCGGCGCCUGUGGCGCUGACGGGGCCGGGCACGCGCAACACUGUCUCCGCCGCCGCCGCAGCCAUGUACAGCAGCACCAGCCCCACCGGCCUGUUCCGCGUGCAGCCGGUCUGUACGGCGUCGCAGCAACAGCUUCUGGCGGCCAUUGACCGCAAGGUUCCAGCGGAUCUGCACGCCGCCGCAGAGGGGUCCGGUGACGGCGCCCUCAGUGAUGCCGAGCUGAUGGCAGCGCUGGCUGGCUCCGCCAAUGGUAAAGCGCCUGGGUCGGACGGGGUCCCGUACGAGGUGUACAAGGUUUUCUGGGCACUGCUGGGCCCGCGCUUGUGUGCUGCUGCUGCCGCUGCCUUUGCUGCCGCUGCAGACGCCCACGAUGGCGGCGAAAUGGCGGCGGCGCUGCCCGCCUCCUGGCGGGAGGGCAUCAUCACGCUCAUCUACAAGGGCAAAAGCCUGGACCGCGCCGAGCUGGCGUCCUACCGGCCCAUCACGCUGCUCAACUGCGACUUCAAGAUGGUGUCCAAGGCCGUCAGCGCCCGCCUGCAGCCCGCCCUGGAUGCAGUUGUGGAUGAGCUGCAGACCGCGUUCAUCACCGGCCGCUGGAUUGGAGACAACGCGCUGUACCUCCAAGGCCUGAUCGAAUGGAUGCGCCUGGACGUGGGCGCGGACGGCACGCCACGGCAGGGUGGUGCGCUGUACUUCUUGGACAUCGAAAAGGCGUAUGACCGGGUGCACCGGCAGUGGCUGUAUGCGUCCGCGGAGGGACUUGGGUUUGGGCCGCGCAUGCUGCGCUGGAUCCGCCUGAUCACUGCCAACGGCUCUGCCCGCGUGUGUGUGAACGGGAUGCUUUCUGACGCCUUCCCAGUGCUGAACGGCUUGCCGCAGGGCAGCACCGCCUCACCACCCCUGUGGGUCAUCCAGAUGCAGCCACUGACGUCCUUUCUGCGGCGGCAGGUGGAGCAAGGGGCACUGCGCACGCCCCUGUUACCCAGCGGCGAGCAGGCGCCGCCUGCUGCCCACCACGCUGACGACACGACCCUCACGGCGCGCGACCCGGCAGUGGACGGGCCGGUCCUGAUGGCGGCAGUACAGCUGUUCUGCCGCGCGUCCAACGCCCGUGUCCAUCCGGACAAGAGCAAGGCCAUGGGCCUUGGCAGGUUUGCGCACCUGACGGGCCCUUGCCCACACACGGGGUGCCGUUUACCACUGGCGCCGUGACGCACCUGGGUGUGCCCCUGUCGUGGGACUCUGAUGCGGCUGCAGCUGACUUGUACACCCGGCGGGCUCGCGGCAUGGCGUUUGUGGCGCGUCUGUGGGCUGCCCUGUCUCUGACUCUCGUUGGCCGUGUGCACAUUGCGAAGCAGGUGCUGGCGGCGAAGCUGGCCUACCACUUCAGCUUCCU